AUGGUAAAACGGUUUAUUGAUGGAGUCGAUAAAAUCGUCGAUGUUCCUAAGAUGGCCGAAUCUAUCACUGAAGGCACCUUAAAGAAAUGGAAUAAAAAGGUUGGAGAGUUUGUACAACAAGAUGAAGAAAUAGCAACAAUUGAGACGGAUAAGAUUGAUGUUCCUGUCAAUGCUCCAUACGCGGGCAAAAUAGUUGAAUUAUAUGCUAAGGAAGAAGAUAACGUAGAAGUUGGCGGUAAACUUCUCAGGAUCGAAUUGGGUGAUGCGCCAGCUGCCGAUACAUCAGCUCCCGCGACCACGCCAGAGACACCUAAAGAGAUUAAAACAGAGUCUCGAGAGGAGCCUAAAAAAGAGGAAGUACCUACACCUCAGCAUGCACCUCAACCGACCCCUCCAACACAAGCUGCAGCUCCUUUCGGAGAUCGUGAAGAACGUCGGAAAUAUGAUGUGAAAAUCGGAUUCAUGUCUGCUUUUGUAAAAGCUUCUGUAUUUGCUCUUCAAGAGAUACCAGUAGUCAAUGCUACCAUUGAAGGUCCAAAUGGUGGUGAUACCAUCGUGUAUAAAGACUAUGUGGAUUUAAGUGUUGCUGUUGCAACUCCUAAAGGUCUCGUAACCCCUGUUUUGAGAAAUGCUCACGCCAUGGGAUCGUUUGUGGAAAUUGAGAAAGCCAUUGCAGCAUUGGGACAAAAGGCCAGAGAUGGAAAACUUACUAUUGAAGAUAUGGCAGGUGGAACAUUUACAAUUUCGAAUGGUGGCGUAUACGGAUCGUUAUAUGGAACUCCGAUUAUAAAUCUGCCACAGAGUGCUAUUUUGGGUAUGCAUGCGGUUAAAGAACGUGCUGUUGCCAUCCGGGGACAGGUCGUAGUACGUCCAAUGAUGUAUGUCGCUCUAACUUAUGACCAUCGCUUAAUUGACGGGCGCGAGGCUGUCACAUUCCUUAAGACAAUUAAAGAACAAGUCGAAGAUCCUCGUCGUUUGCUUUUGGGAAUCUGA